UAUCACACUUCCCUGCAAAUUCUCGUACACUAUCUACUACAGUGGAAAGAUGUUGGAGGUCCCAUCCUUGUCCAAAGCUUCACGAAAAUUAUAACAGAAGGAACAUAGAUGUUGGUUUCUUGACGAGGAGUCUAACGCGUGCAUAUAUAAAACCCAGAAAGCAAAAUCAAGAUUCUCUGCAUCUAUCGUCUUCGAUUGAGUUUCUGCAGCCAAGAGGAGGCUUGGAUUUGGGGCUGUGCCCAUGGACCAUGACGUGGUGCAGCGGGUUUUCCAAGAAGGGGGCCGCGAUUUCUACCAGCAGCCCUCCACUUCCUCAUCUUCCUCUUCCAUCCUUCAGUCUCUCCCUCUUCAUGUGUCUUUCGAUCAUGGGUAUUACUUGUUGGUAAAAUCUGUUCAGGAACUAAGAGAAAAAAAAGAAGGAAUUGUAACUGUAGGCAUUGGUGGUCCAAGUGGGUCGGGAAAAACAAGCUUGACAGAGAAGGUAGCGUCUGUAAUUGGUUGUACUGUUAUAUCAAUGGAGAACUAUCGUGUUGAUGCAGAUGAUGGGAAUGAUUUGGAUUCAAUAAAUUUUGAUACUCUAGUUCAAAAUCUUGAGGAUUUGAUAAUUGGUAAAGAUACAUCAAUCCCAGUAUUUGACUUCCAAGAGAAAAGGCGUAUUGGUUUUAAAGUAGUAAAGAGUAAUUCAUCCGGGGUGAUAAUUGUUGAUGGUACCUAUGCUCUUCAUGCAAGACUUCGUUCCUUGCUAGACAUUCGAGUGGCAGUGGUUGGUGGUGUUCAUUUUAGUCUUCUUUCCAAAGUUCAAUAUGAUAUUGGAGAUUUUUGUUCGUUGGACUACCUUAUUGACAGUAUUUUCCCAUUGUUUGGAAAGCACAUUGAGCCAGACCUUCACCAUGCACAGAUCAGAAUCAAUAACAGCUUUGUUUCAUCAUUCCGAGAGCCAAUCUACAAGCUGAAAUGCAAAAGUGAGGAAAAUGGACAUUCAGCUUUUACCUUUCAUGGAAAGGAUGUAACGACGGAUAAUUAUAUUGAGAUGUACUUGAGGCCUCCCUCUGCUAGUGAAGAAGCACACAUAAAUGAUUGGAUAAAGGUGCGACAAUCUGGUAUCAAAUACUAUCUAUCAUUGGGAGACCAGAGAAUUGUUGACAAAAAUUACAUUAUUCGGCCAAAAGCAGAGUUUGAGGUUGGACGAAUGACCCUGGGUGGAUUACUUGCUUUGGGGUAUUCUGUUGUAGUCAGUUACAAACGAGCAUCUACAUCAGCCAGCAAUGGUAGUGUUUCAAUAUCUCUGGAAACCAUUGAUAGCCUGGGUGAGACAUACUUGGUGUUGAGGGGUACCAAUCGGAAAACAGUUGGUGCAGAAGCAGCAAGAAUGGAUAUGAAUGGACCAUGGAUCACUAAAUCAUAUCUUGAAAUGAUUCUUGAAAGAAAGGGUGUACCACGCCUUAAUUCACCACCACUUUUGUCUGUUACAUCUUCAACUCGUAAUCAAGAAAGGUUGAUUGCUGCACCGAAGCCUCUUCGAGUGCCUGACAUUGUUAACCAGCUUGAAGAUUUAUCUCAGCCAUGGACUCGUUCCCCAACAAAAUCCAAAAUGGAACCUGUACUAGCAACCUGGCAUUUCAUGUCACCAGAUACUCCAGUUUCCGAUGGCUCUGCUAUUCAUCCUUCUUCUUUCAGGGAUAACCUGCAGCUUGCUCCAAUGCCUGAUUCAUAUGACUUGGACAGGGGAUUGCUUCUUGCUGUUCAAGCAAUACAGGCUUUAUUGGAGAAUAAAGGUCUUCCUGUUAUAGUUGGAAUAGGAGGUCCAAGUGGUUCUGGAAAAACUAGUUUGGCUCGUAAGAUGGCAAAUAUUAUUGGCUGUGGAGUUGUUUCCCUUGAAAGCUAUUACAAAUCUGAGCAAGUAAAGGACUUCAAAUAUGAUGAUUUUAGUUCUCUUGAUUUAUCAUUGCUCUCAAAGAAUAUUGAGGACAUAAGAAGCUUUCGAAGAACAAAAGUGCCUGUCUUUGAUCUGGAGACUGGUGCUCGAAGUGGCUUCAAGGAACUUGAAGUUUCUGAGGAUUGUGGAGUGGUUAUUUUUGAGGGGGUUUAUGCUCUGCACCCUGAUAUCAGAAAAUCACUGGACCUGUGGAUUGCUGUUGUUGGGGGAGUUCAUUCGCAUCUAAUUUCUCGAGUUCAAAGGGACAAAAGUAGAGUUGGGAGCUUUAUGUCGCAAAAUGAAAUUAUGACAACAGUGUUUCCAAUGUUCCAGCAGCACAUUGAACCACAUCUUGUUCAUGCACAUCUCAAAAUUCGAAAUGACUUUGAUCCUGUGCUUUCCCCUGAGAGUUCAUUGUUUGUGCUGAAAAGUAACAAGCAAGUGGGCUACCAAGAUAUUUUGAGAAUUCUUGACCAUUCAAAGAUAUGUAGUUCUGUUCAGAAUUUUAUUGAUAUAUAUCUUAGGCUUGCUGGAAUACCUGCUAAUGGACAGUUAUCAGAGAGUGACUGCAUAAGGGUUAGAAUGUGCGAGGGCAGAUUUGCAGUCCUUAUACGGGAGCCCAUAAGAGAAGGCAAUUUUAUUAUUCAACCCAAAGUGGAUUUUGACAUCAGCAUCAGUACAGUUGCCGGUCUUCUUAACCUUGGGUAUCAUGCUGUAGCUUACAUUGAAGCAUCUGCAUAUAUCUAUCAGGAUGGAAAGAUCCUUAUUGAAGUUGAUCAUCUACAAGAUGUCCCAAGUUCUUACUUACAAAUAAAAGGAGUUAACAAAGAGACUGUGGCUGCUGCUGGUUCAACUCUUAAGCUGGAUGGUUCUUAUACCACAAAGAGCUAUCUUCAAAUAAUUCUGGAAAAAUUACCAGCACCAGAAAGGAGUUCCAGCGGGAUUCAUACUCAGCAAGCUGCAAGGCUGCAGGAACUUGUGGAAUUUAUACAGUCUCAGAGUAACAUAGUCAUAGAGAAACAUGGUAGUAGCUCAGCUUCAGUUUCCUCACCAAGUAGGGAAGCUUCUUCAUUGGAAGGGGUAAUUGAAGAUAUGCAAUCAAGGAUCAAGAGACUCGAACGAUGGCAUACGAUUAAUACGGUUUUGUGGACAUUUUUUAUGUCUGCACUGGUUGGCUAUUCCCUGUAUCAAAGAAAGCACAAGUAAACCAUUAUUUCGGUGAAUUUACUCAGCGCGAGCAACCAAAGGAAAAAGAAGUUUGAUGUCAUUUUCUUACAGUAACUCCUUGAAGAGAUGUCAGAAGUCAAGCAAGUUCUUCAAAGAGGCUAACCAUUCCCAGCCCAAAAUUGAUGAUGUACAUCACAUUAUUGAAUUCAAUUUUUUUUUUUUUUAAAUCCCAUUCUCAAGCCCAUUGUCAGCACCUCAAUGUACAUGUCUUUGUUUUCAAUAUGUUACAACUCAAAAGUUGAGAGUAUUACUCCUUUGUGGACAAAAAUAGAAAUCCCAAUAGAGUUCUAAUGCCGAAAGAUAAAACUGUUUUGAAGAAGGUUGAAAUUGUUGACU